UCGGUGUCCACCAGCGCCCCGACGCCACGCACACACACAGCAGGACCGCGGCGCCCCACCGGCGUGCAAGGGAGCAAGCAGCAGGCACUCCUAAGGUCAUGAUGACUCUACAGAAAACCCAUACACUGUUGCUUCUACUGCUUUUGACCCUGCUGGGGCUGGCACAGCCUUCCUUUGGCCAAGAUCGCAUGUACCAACGAUUCCUGCGGCAACACGUGCACCCUCAGGAAACAGGUGGCAAUGAUAGCUACUGCAACCUGAUGAUGCAGAGACGGAAGAUGACUUCACAUCACUGCAAGCGCUUCAACACCUUCAUCCAUGAGGACAUCUGGAACAUCCGUAGUAUCUGCAGCACCGCCAGGAUCCAGUGCAAGAAUGGCAACAUGAACUGUCACGAGGGGGUAGUGAAGGUCACAGACUGCAAGGAGACAGGAAGUUCCAAGGCCCCCAACUGCAGAUACCGUGCCGCAGCAAGCACUAGGCGUGUUGUCAUUGCCUGUGAGGGCAACCCAGAAGUGCCUGUGCAUUUUGACAGAUAGAUAGCAUCCUGCAGGGGUUACAGCCACUGGUUGGCUCUUAACUUACUCCAUGAAUAGCCAUGAGCUCUCCCCAGGCUCUAUUUCCUCUGUACAUUUCUUAUUCCUUUUCUCUGUGUAACCCAUUCUAUUAGAUACAUUGUAUCAAAGAGAAAUGGAGACAUAAAUCUAUAAUAAGGCAAGGCUUUUCUAUAAUAAACUUCUUUUCUAACACGGGUCAGCUUAGCUAAGACCCUAUCCUCUGAAAUUUAGUCAUUGUAUGUCUUUAUAUAGCAUCUCAAGCAUUUCAAAGUGCUUUCAUCUACGUUAUCUCAUUUUAGUACCCCUGCACCUCUGUGAUUUUGCUGAUGCAGUUACAUAUAGAAGUUCAAGGUUAAGGGAUUUGCUAAGGCCCAUGAAGUUAGCGGAAGAGCUGAGACAAAAAUCCAGCUGAACUGCUUACCCACUCAGGGCUUUCUCUCCAUCAUCAAGAGGAAUGUUUUGAAUGGGUCUGCUUUUUGUGUUCCCAAAAGUCAGAUAUUGGGAGAGACAUUAAAAAUUUAGAAAUACAUACUGGUCAAAUGAGAGCUCUGUGUGGAUCUGACAAGAGCCAGAAAUGGUAUUAGGAAUUUUCUCUUUCUUUUCCCUAACUUUUGAAUUUCUGUAGUAAUUCAGGAUAUUACUAAUGUACUAGAUGAUUAAGACUCACUCACUCUUCCUGAAUGAAAAAUCUUUCAUGUUUCCAUUGAAAUAAAGGACUGAAGCUACAGGCAUUUGAGAA